CGGGUUCCUGCUGUGUUUGUUAUUGUUUUUGUGGAGCAGUCCGACGCGAGCGGAAGACAGAUUUGAAGUAUUUCCAGAAUCUUGAUGGAUUUUUGAGAAGGUCUGAGCUUUUAUUGCAUUAUUCUGAAAGAGAACGAAACGAAGAAAGAUGGGGAGUCACUACCAGCGCUCUGUACCACUGGAGGUGAGGAGAGCAGAAGGAGAGAGAGUCCGAGCCAAGCAUCCUGACAAAAUACCAAUCAUCGUGGAGAGGGCGCCGAGGUCACGCGCCCCUGAGUUGGACAAGAAGAAAUACUUGGUGCCGUCUGACUUGACAGUGGGGCAGUUGUGUUUCCUGAUUCGUCAGCGAGUGUCUUUGAGACCAGAGGAAGCUCUCUUCUUCUUCGUCAACAACUCUCUGCCCCCGUCCAGCUCCCCACUCUCAGCUGUGUAUGAGGAGCACCACGAUGAGGACCUCUUCCUGUACAUGACCUACAGCAACGAGAGCGUGUACGGCGCCUGAGGGGGAACCCAAAGGAGGAGAGCUAACAGCUUGUCAAAUUUGAAAAGUUAAAGGCUGAGUUUUAAUCCUGUAUUAUCCUUUAAGUUGUGUAACUUGGUGGAGGAAAAGCUUUGUUGGAUUCCCUUUGUUGUGCUGGGAUGUGAACGUGCUAUUACACAGGAUUUUUUUUUUUAAAUUUUAUGUUUGAUUAAUGCACAGAAAUGGCAGUGAGAAAAGAAAAGGCUGGUAACAGGAAGUGAUUUUAGAUGAGCUCUUCUCCUUCAUCUGUAUUUAAUGCAAAUAGUUUUUUGUUUUUGUUUUGUUUUUUUUGUAAAUUAAUAUCACCAACGUUUGUGGCAAAUAAACACUAAAAAUAAUAACUUUUGGGUGU